AAGUCGAGGAGUGAGCUCUAUUUUAUCGUAAAAAACUUCAUAAUAAUAACCACUCUACCUAUGUUUAAAACAGUGAUCAGAGGCAGUGUCUGCGAUGUGAGCGUGUGUAGACUGUGUGACAUACCGCCGUGGUUAGAAUUUAUGUCCUGAACUGUAAGCUACAGGCAUGCGCAAAGAACCAGCAGAGCCUCGCUGUUCUGUGAUUAUGAAUAUAUAUGUAGUAUGUGCACACUCUUUUCUUUAAAUCAGGAUUAUCAUGACUUCUCAUGCCUCGUCAAACACGAAGACCGCGGCUGCCCACUCCACAAAAAUCUCAUCUUCUGUUUGUAGAACAGCCCAGAAACGGCACGAAGCACGAAUACGGACACCAGUUAAGAAGCGCCAUUAAUCCGAGAUCCUUUAUAGCUGAAGAAACGUCUCGGAAAAGCUCCUCAGUUUCUUCAUGGGUGUCUCCCCAGUUUAUAUCCCAAAAUGACACAGCAGUCAGACGUGGUGGACGUAGGAGGAAGAAGAAUCGCCUUCCCACAAACACAAUGAACACAACCUCAGCUCUGUCUUUGCAUCAGGUCAAAAGAGCAACUGCUGGAAGAUACUCUUCUUUGUCAUUUAGGACAAGCACAUCAGUUUCACAGAGACAUCACGGUGCUUUCCACAAAAACACUGCCUCCAGGGCUGGGGAAUUACCAAAAUCUCAAGAUGUGAGGCGUUCUCAAAGUGACAAAACGGGUUCAUCUCUCAAUCAGAAUGAGGUUCCUGAAGAGACUCCUAGACAGGGACCUUCUCUCACCGAAAGGGGGCAGAAAAGAGCUACACCAGAUCCUACACUGACCCCCAACAGGACCUCGGAGUGUGUGAAAACACCACUUGAAUUCAUACAUGGAAAAGGGAGCACUGUACGCUCUCAUCACAGGCCUGCACAGGAAGCAGAAGACACUAGCUCUUCAUUCACUCCUCCCCACGUGGAGACUCCUGAAAUACCACACAGUGUGCACUGCCUUUCCUCUCCCGUUCUUUCCAUACCAUUUUUUACAGAUCAGCCAAGCACUCAAAACAUGAGUGUGUUAGUGAAAGACACGCCUGAGAGAGACUAUGGUUUGAAGGUGACUUGGAGAAGGAGGAAAAAACUAAUGAAUUUACUUUCAGAACGAGGUCAGCUCUUGGUCAGUGAGGCAAUGAUCAGCCGGACGUGGUUAUAGACUGUCAAAAUGAUAUGCUGUAUCACUUGCCUGCAAACUGCACUGUUUAAACGUGUAACAUCAUUGAUAGAAAAAAUUAAUGCCGCUUAAAAUAUUACUGUUAAUACUAUUGUAUUUUAUAGCUUACAUUGGAAUAUGUUAAGCUGUAUUUAAAACACAAAUUAAACAUUUGUGUACAAACAACUGAGGUCUUUUAA